GCCUGUCAUGCCAUGCAAACACAUUUAUUUCCACACAAACAACAGAGGAGGCAAGAGAGAGAGAGAGAGAGAUCAUGGAGUCAUGGCCUAGAUCCCUUCUACUCGUGCUCUGCCUAUGGCCAUUGCUCGUAGAUGGCAUGGUCAGGCAUUACAAGUUCAAUGUGGUGAUGAAAAACACAACGAGGUUAUGUUCUAGCAAACCCAUCGUGACGGUGAAUGGCAAGUUCCCCGGACCAACCUUGUAUGCGAGAGAAGGCGACAAUGUGCUUGUCAAGGUCACCAACCACAUCAAGUAUAACGUAACCAUUCACUGGCACGGGAUUAGACAAAUUAGGACCGGAUGGGCUGAUGGGCCUGCUUAUAUCACUCAGUGCCCAAUCCCGUCAAAGCAAAGCUAUGUCUACAAUUUCACAAUAACCGGGCAAAGAGGCACCCUUCUGUGGCACGCCCACAUCUUAUGGCUCAGGGCUACUCUGCACGGAGGAGUUGUCAUCUUGCCCAAGCUUCAUGUGCCUUACCCAUUCCCUGCUCCUUACAAAGAGGUGGUUGUCAUCUUAGGAGAAUGGUGGAAGUCUGAUACAGAAGCUGUGAUCAAUGAGGCAAUGAAAUCUGGUAUAGCUCCAAAUGUUUCCGAUGCACACACUAUCAAUGGUCAUCCAGGGCCUAUGUCAACUUGCGCAACUUCUCAAGAUGGCUUCAAACUCAAGGUGGAUAGUGGGAAAACAUACAUGCUUAGGGUCAUCAAUGCUGCGCUCAAUGAGGAGCUAUUUUUCAAGGUGGCCGGGCAUCAACUGACAGUUGUGGAAGUGGAUGCUGUGUACACUAAGCCAUUUAAGACUGAUACGAUACUGAUAGCACCAGGCCAAACCACAAAUGUCCUGUUGACUGCUGAUCAAGGUGCAGGGCAAUACCUUGUGACUGCCUCUCCCUACAUGGAUGCUCCUAUUGCCGUGGAUAAUAAGACCGCCACAGCCACCGUGCAUUACACCAACACAGUAUCCACGAGUGCUAUCACAACCACUAAUCCUCCUCCGCAGAAUGCAACCCCUGUGGCAUCCAACUUCAUUGACUCACUCCGUAGCCUAAACUCCAAAAGAUAUCCAGCUAAAGUGCCACUGAAGGUAGACCAUUCCCUUUUAUUCACUGUUGGUCUGGGCAUCAACCCAUGCCCAACUUGCAUAGCAGGCAAUGGAAGUCGGGUUGUGGCAGCCAUCAACAACGUAAGCUUUGUGAUGCCGACCACUGCGCUCCUCCAAGCACAUUAUUUCAACAUUAGUGGAGUGUUCACAAAAGAUUUCCCCGGAAAUCCUCCCAUAGCCUUCAAUUACACAGGCAGUGGUCCAGCAAACUUGCAGACCAUGACUGGGACCAGAUUAUAUCAGCUUGCUUAUAACUCAACUGUGCAAGUUGUAUUACAAGACACUGGCAUCAUCUCACCAGAAACCCACCCAGUCCAUUUGCAUGGAUUUAAUUUCUUUGCUGUUGGGCGUGGGUUAGGGAAUUAUAAUCCAAAAACAUCUCCAAAGAAGUUUAAUCUUGUUGAUCCGAUUGAGAGAAACACCAUUGGUGUUCCUUCAGGAGGAUGGGUCGCUAUCCGAUUCCUAGCUGAUAAUCCAGGCGUUUGGUUUUUACAUUGUCAUUUAGAAGUGCACACGACUUGGGGGUUGAAGAUGGCCUUUGUUGUGGAGAACGGGAAAGGUCCAAAUGAGUCUUUAUUGCCACCACCAAAGGAUCUUCCAAUUUGUUAAACUAUGCAUGCCUCUCCUUAUGGCGCUCCUUUUAUUCUAUCAAAACUCUUGCUACAACAGGGUUAUAUCUUUGAACA